CUUUAGCCCCACCCCAGGGCCCCGCCCCGCCCCCCUGUGCCUGUCCUGCUCAAGGUUCCUGUGAAUCCCGGGCAGCACCGCGGACCGAGGAACGCUGCUGGCCCAGUCUUCACUCUCACGGACUUCCACUCCCAGGAUCAGCACCUUGAGAGAUGGCUGCCCAGUGUGUCACGAAGGUGGAGCUGAAUAUUUCCUGUAACAACCUUAUGGAUACCGACGUAGGGUCAAAGUCAGACCCCUUGUGUGUGUUAUUUUUGAAUACGAGUGGUCAACAGUGGUAUGAGGUUGAACGCACAGAAAAGAUUAAGAAUUGCUUGAAUCCCAAAUUUUCCAAGACGUUUAUUAUUGAUUACUACUUCGAAGUGGUUCAGAAAUUGAAAUUUGGAAUUUAUGACAUUGACAACAAAACCAUUGAGCUGAGUGAUGAUGACUUCUUAGGCGAAUGUGAAUGUACUCUGGGACAAAUUGUUUCCAGUAAGAAGCUAACUCGACCGCUGGUGCUUAAAAAUGGCAGACCUGCGGGGAAUGGGAGCAUUACGAUUUCAGCUGAAGAAAUUAAGGAUAAUAGAGUUGUCUUAUUUGAGAUGGAAGCCAGAAAACUGGAUAAUAAGGAUCUUUUUGGAAAGUCAGACCCAUACCUAGAAUUCCAUAAGCAGACAUCUGAUGGAAGCUGGCUGAUGGUUCAUCGAACAGAGGUUAUUAAAAACAACUUGAAUCCUGUCUGGAGGCCUUUUAAAAUCUCUCUUAACUCUCUGUGCUAUGGAGAUAUGGAUAAAACCAUUAAGGUAGAGUGUUAUGAUUAUGACAAUGAUGGGUCACAUGAUCUUAUUGGAACAUUUCAAACUACUAUGACAAAACUGAAAGAUGCCUCCAGAAACUCACCUAUUGAAUUUGAAUGCAUAAAUGAAAAAAAGAGGCAAAAGAAGAAAAGCUACAAGAAUUCAGGUGUCAUCAGUGUGAAACAGUGUGAGAUUACAGUAGAAUGCACAUUCCUUGACUAUAUCAUGGGAGGAUGUCAGCUGAAUUUUACUGUGGGAGUGGACUUCACUGGCUCCAAUGGCGACCCAAGGUCUCCGGACUCCCUUCAUUACAUCAGCCCCAAUGGUGUUAAUGAGUAUCUGACUGCUAUAUGGUCUGUGGGACUUGUCAUUCAAGAUUAUGAUGCUGAUAAGAUGUUUCCAGCUUUUGGUUUUGGAGCUCAGAUACCUCCUCAGUGGCAGGUAUCACAUGAAUUUCCAAUGAACUUUAAUCCUGCCAAUCCCUACUGUAAUGGAAUCCAAGGCAUUGUAGAGGCAUAUCGGGCCUGUCUCCCUCAGGUUAAACUCUAUGGACCAACUAAUUUUUCUCCCAUCAUAAAUCAUGUGGCCAGGUUUGCUGCUGCAGCCACACAACAGCAGACAGCUUCUCAAUAUUUUGUACUUUUAAUCAUUACUGAUGGUGUGAUCACAGACCUAGAUGAAACCAGACAAGCCAUAGUCAAUGCUGCCAAGCUGCCCAUGUCCAUCAUCAUUGUUGGAGUCGGAGGUGCUGACUUUGGUGCCAUGGAGUUUCUGGAUGCUGAUGGUGGAAGUCUCCGCUCCCCAUCAGGUGAAGUGGCCAUCAGAGAUAUCGUCCAAUUUGUGCCUUUCAGACAGUUCCAGAAUUCUCCAAAGGAAGCACUUGCUCAGUGUGUCUUGGCGGAGAUUCCCCAGCAGGUGGUGGGCUACUUCAACACGUACAAACUCCUUCCUCCCAAGAACCCAGCUACGAAAUAGAAGGAGCUACGACAGAAUUCUUUAGCGCUGUGUGGAACAAUGCCAUCUCUUAUCCCAAAUCAUAUAUGUGCCAUUGUACGUACUUUUGACCCCCAGAAUUUAUGAUGUAAACCUCGUCCUCGUUCUCUAGGAAUCAUACAUGUUUAAAGCGUUCUUUUUAUAUUUGUUUGUGGGAAACAAUGCCAAGGCCAUCUUUGCCUAAUCUGUUCAGUGAUUGCUAGUAAUUUACAGUAAUUGCAGUGAGGCCAUUUGGGUUAAAAACUAGUGUGGGGAAAAGCUGGUUUUGUUGUUUAUGUUUUAAAUAAUAAAAAUACUGUUUUUGAAUGUGUUGCAAAGGAAAGAAUGAGAAAUUGGGCGGACGAUGUGAUUCGCAGGUUGCUGUACUUUGUUCUCAGUGUAUGUUUUACAAGUCAGUGUCCACACCUAAUUAUGAGAGCUUCUUAAGUUACAUAAUGUUGAAUUCGUUCCUAUAAUUCUGUACUCAGUGCUUUUCCAUGGAGUAAAUGACAGUCCUUCCUUGCAUCUGAGUUUUGCUGCACCUCACAUGCUGCAUGGUUUAUGAAACACCCAUGGGCCUUAAUGAAAAGUACUGAAUGAGCAGGACAGGCACAUACUGAAUUUUUUAAAUGUACAAUCAACAAGUAGAAACUUGUAAGGAAGUAUGAGCCAUUUUUAUUUGCCUUUCUGGAUUUUUAGUUUUCAUUUUGGAAUAUUAUAAAUGCAGUCAUAUUUGGUUUUCUUUUCAGUGACUGAAUGUGACACUCAGGAUUCUGUAGAUACAUAGACAAUAGGUUGGCCCUGAUUCUACAUUAUAAGAUUAUUUAAACUGGUUUGUUAAAAUGGUUAGGAAGGACUGUUUUGUCCAGGAGAGCCAUGAGGACCAAACAUGUAAGGUGGAAUUCUGAGUUCUAGUUUCUUCUAAGUGAGGAAAAUGUUUACUCAUUUAAAAGAUAGUUCUUACUCUUUCCUUGAUGGAGUCCCAUAGAUUUGUAUAGAUUCAUUUAAACCUUUUUUUUUUUUCCUUCUUAACAUAGCAUUUUUGUAUGAUUUUUAAGCUUAUGAUACUGGUUAUCUAUCAAUCAAAAUCCCAUCUUACACUUUAAUAGAAUGCUCUGUCCUAAGGCCAGGAUGUAUAGUAUUAACCAUAAAAACUGUUGUAAAACGGUGUUUCUUAAAAAAAGAAAAGAAAAAAAAACAACUUUUCCAACUGCUACAUUAGGAUAGAGUAGACUUUAUGUGUUUUUUUUUUAAAAGUAGGAAUUUGUUUUCUUGACUUUUACCUUUGAGAAUGUAUUAGUGAACAUUACAUUUUCAAAUAGAUUGUGUUGCAUUUGAAAGGUCUGUGUCCCAAGUUCUGUGCAUAUCCAUAUACUGGCCAAUUAACAAUUUAAGAUUAUGUGUUUAUCACGUGUCCUUGAGUGGAUGCAUGCCAUGCCAUGUUGAUCUGCCUCUCAGUUACAGUGAGAAUCUGCGCUCUAACCCACGUCUCUUAUUUUCUGCAAGGAAGUAAGCUCUCAGCCACAGCAGUUUCACUUUUCACAAAGAGCUCCUUGUCAAGGUCAGGCUGAGAGGGGACCUCCUUGCCGUCAUGGUUGCCUAGAACAGGUGAGCUGUUACAGCUGUCCCACUUACCGAGGUGGCUUCUAAAUAUGAGCUGAAUACCUUAAGAGGCCUGCUAGUGUGCCUUCCCACAAUACGGCUCAUUAGUCACCGGCCAUUUUGAUCUUCUCAACGGGGCAGAAGAGAACUGGUCAUUCUUCCAACUGCUUGGAGACUGUUGUCUCAGAUGUCCUCAUUUCAGUUCUUGCAUGCUUAGAAACGACAUAGGUAUGUUGCUUUAGUUUUCAGAAUUUUCUUUUUAAGCACCUUUAAAAAGAUGACUUAAUCACAUAAUCUUGGUAUAUGGCAAAAUAGACAGAAGUGGAGUAUCUUUGAUGCCAGGGCAGGGUCCAGAGCCCCACACAUUAGGCUAGUUCCACACUUCCUUCAGCCAGCUUCUCAGUCACACCCGAGUCACCUGCACAGGGCACUUGGUAACGCUGGUCUUUAGCAUUCAUUGUAUUCAUUGCCAGUUACCACUGUCAGUUUGAUUUGGUCUUCAUUAUUUUAAAUUCUAGGGUUUUUUUUCCACAACAGUUUUCUUUUUUAAAUUUUUAAAAAAACUACUCGUUUUUGAUCAAGUUUAUCAGUAGAUGCUGUUAUUCAUAAGUGCUUCAGUUCUAGCAAAUUAGGGUGAUUGGUACCUUUUUGCAGAUUGGAAUAAAAGCAUUUACAAUUUUUAAUUAUUAUUUUGUAAAAUUCUUGCAAUUUCAAUACUUUUAAUAUGUUAUCUCAUUUAAUAUUUCUUUACUAAAAUGGUCCUUUUCCCUAUUGUACCUCUAUUCAUUCAAGUGCCAUUUGUUCUUAAAAUGCAUCUAAAGAAAAAUGAACUAAAUUGACCUUCACACCUCAUGCAGUCAGAAAUAUUGCAAAUGAACAUUGGAGCGACAGUACCUUGAUAGACAUAAUAGUUCCCACAUAUCCCUGUACUGAGAAAGUAGUCUCCUACUAUCCUAGUCAUUUCACCUAGUGGUUAGAAUUGAACAUUUAAGACCAUAAAUUUUUAAACUCUGAUCAGGGAUUUGUAACUGUUCACUUUGGUAGUGCUGUAGGCAGCCUUUCCAAAGUGGGUUCAGGGCGCCAUUGCUGCUUGUGCUGUAUUUUGAUACACUUUGCCUUUUUCAUUUUGUAAAUUUCCUAGAAAGCCAUCUUCAGUAAGUCUCCCCUCGUCUCUUUGUAUGUAUAGUUGAUAGUCAUGGAAGUGACUCAUAAGGUAAGCCAGAACUUUGGUAGAAAAUGUGAGACUUUUGUCAUUACAUAGAUGUCAUAUUUGACAAUACAUGUAUAUUACUAAUAUAUGAAUUGAUGUUAACUAUAUCUACCAUUGGAAUUCCACUUGGAUAAAGUUGUUUCUUGAUACCAUA